CGAUGCCUUGCGUGUUCCACCCUCAAUCCCUAUGAAUUGAAACUCCCUCUCUGCUCUUCUCUCUCAGCACUUGUUUCUCCAAUUCCAUGGAGUUUGAUCUCGAAAACCCAUUAACCCAUCUCCAAGAUCUUCACUCCUCCGACGCUUCUUCUCUCUUCCUCAUCGAAUCCGAUCACAUGCUCUCUCAAUCUUACCUUCACUCUCUUCAAGCUUCUCCGUCUGAUUUCGCCGUCCGGCGAGACACCAUUUCUUUAAUCUCACACUGCUCCUCCAACUCCAAAAUUGGCCCUCACUUCUCUUACCUCGCCGUCAACUAUCUCGACCGCUUCUUCUCCAUUCAGGGAGUUCCGCAACCGAAACCAUGGGUCUUGAGGCUUCUCGCCGUUUCUUGUGUUUCUCUGGCUGCGAAAAUGAAGCAAACAGACCACAAUCUCUUCGAUUUUAUGGAACAGAGCAAUGAGGGAUUCAUAUUUGAUCCUCAAACACUUCACAGAAUGGAAGUUCUCGUCUUGGGUGCUCUUAAAUGGCGAAUGCGCUCAAUCACUCCCUUCUCUUUCAUCCCUUUCUUCAUUUCCCUCUUCAAACUCAGAGACCCACCAUUCUUGCAAGCUCUCAAAGCCAGAGCUACAGAGAUCAUCUUCAUAGCUCAAAAUGGGAUUGAGGUUUUGGAGUUCAAGCCAUCAGUGAUUGCAGCAGCAGCUCUGCUCUCAGCCUCGCAUGAGCUCUUCCCAAUUCAAUAUACUUGCUUUAAAAAAGCAAUCCUUGAGUGUUCAUAUGAAAAUACAGAGGAAAUGUUGGUGAAAUGCUUCAAGAGAGUGCAGGCGAUAGUGAUAAAUGGGUACGAAAGGGGAUUGGAAAUGGAAGAGAGGUCAGACACGGCGGCCAAUGUGCUCGACCACCAUUUUUCGAGCUCUGAAAUUGAAAAUACGUUCAUGCCGAGCAGAGUCUCCUCCAGCCUGAUGAACAGAGCAGAUAAGGGUGGAAAGAAGAGAAAAGUAAUGGUUGGGUACUGCAAGAAUCAGACGGUGCGGAUGUCUCAGAUCCAGCAAUGUUGAUGAGAUGUGGAAGACUGAAAGUGACAGUUGAGUGGCCUGACUCGUCAGAGGGGCGAGGAGAAAGAAGAGGGGAUUUGUAUGUAUGUAGCAAUGGAGGGAUUCUGGUAAGGGAAAAAAACAGGGGAAGGGGAAAAGAGGGAAUUUUUGUUCCUUUUUGCUGGGAUUUUGGGACCAAAACAAAGACAAAACAGAGCUUUGAAGUUAGAAGUGGAGCUGCGGUGUUUGGAUUUGGAUUUUGUGUGUUUUUUUUUUCUUCUCGAGCUCCGGUAGUAUAUAUUAAUCCAAAAUAAAGAACUUUGAACCGUUUUUUAUUUUGAAAUUUGACUAAGAAUUUGAAUGUGCUUUUUAAAGAACGACGUCCACAAAACAAAGAGAUUGAUAAUGAGGAGCUAAGUCCAAUUUUUUUAAAAACUAAAUCGUUAUUAAACGUGUUUAUAAUUGUUCAAGUUUUAAAUUGAACUCUUACCCAUUGAAAUGAAGAUGAAACUACUAGUAGUCCCACAUU